GGUUUUGAGACGAAGAAACUUCGAGAUACAUUUCUUAAAUGGACACGUUCUGGCAUUUUCCCGACGAACCUCCUACAGGGGUACAGUCGAAUUCACGAGGAAUAAUUUAAACAAACGGAUCACUCCCUGUUUUGAAAACUUAAAAAAUGAUGCCGAUGCCGUCGAGAUCAAAUAGCCUGUUCCUCCAUUUAUUUGCCUUUUGUCUCUAUGCACAGGUGACCAUUCAGUCCCCGCCUAAUUUUACGCAGCACGUGAAUGAGCAGUGCAAGUUUUCCGACCGGACGAGUCGUAGGCUAAUUCGUACCUACCAGCUCUACAGCCGAACGAGUGGCAAGCACGUGCAAGUUCUUGGAAACAAGAAAAUCAAUGCCAUGGCUGAAGACGGGGAUGUACAUGCCAAACUGAUCGUGGAGACGGACACGUUUGGGAGCCGGGUUCGAAUAAGAGGGGCGGAGACUGGGUACUACGUCUGCAUGAACCACAGAGGGAAGCUGGUGGGCAAGAGCCGCGGCCGCGGGCGGGACUGCAUCUUCACGGAGAUCGUCCUGGAGAACAACUACACGGCGCUGCGCAGCGCGCGGCACGGCGGCUGGUACAUGGGCUUCACCCGCCGCGGGCGGCCCCGCAGCGGCACCCGCACCCGCCAGCACCAGCGCGAGGUGCACUUCAUGAAGCGGCCCACCAGGGGGCCGAGCGGCGGGGCCGCAAACGCCGCCGCCAACGCCAACGCCGCCGACCGCCGCCCCUUCGGGUUCGUGGCACACCCGUUCGGCCGGAGGACUAAACGCGUGCGCCGCUGGGGAGGGAGCUGA